AGAAGUCCUGUGUCCCUGAAGGCAGCACGGGCCUCUGGGACGCCGUCCUCAGCCUCAGCUUCAGCUUCAGCUUCAGCCUCGCUCCUCAAAGGCAUCAUGUUCUUCAAGUUCAUCUGCGCCGUGGUGACCAGGUUGCUGUUCAUCCUGGUGUCGCUCAUCGGGGUCUGGAGGGUGGUCCGGGUCAAGGAGAACGGACUGUACUGGUGUCUGACCAUCCUGUACCUGCCCCUGGUGGUGGAGAUGAUCCUGACCCUGAGGAGACGACGAGGACACGACUGCAAAUGGUUUUCUCCGGCCAUCUUCCUCUUCCUCAUCAGUAUCAUCCCAUCUCUGUGGAUUCUGGAACUUCACCACCAGGAGAAUAAAGGAGCCAACCCCAGAUGUGUGAAACUGGAUUCGACAGAAACUUUUACGAGACUUUUCAGAUUCUGGAACAACUCGGCCAAUAAUACUGAACAGAUCCGGGUUCAGGACGUAAAUACUAAAAAUCCCAUUCAUAUGGGUGUACCUUCACUGUCCCUGGUCUGUGCCAACGACUGGAUCCUGGCUCUGCACCAGAUCCUACUGAUCCUACUGAUCCUGGGGAAGUGGCUCCUUCCGGCCUCGGGGGUCCUGACCAGGAACCAGCUCUCCCAGUUACUGCUCAUCUUCGUGGGGACGGCGGCCGACAUUCUGGAGUUCACCUCGGAAACGCUGUCGGACAUCAAGGACAGUAGUCCGUCCAUGGUCUACAUCAUCCUGGCCGUGUGGACCUGGAGUAUGCUUCAGUUUCCACUGCACUUCUCAGUGAUGGAGGCGUCCUCAGAUGACCUGUCCGAACCCGCCUCCUCCCCGUCCGUCCUGUCCAACCUGCGGGCGGACAUCUGGAGCACGGCGGAGGCUCUGUUCAUCCAGGACGGGCCCUUCCUGCUGGUGCGACUCACCGUCAUGAUCUACUUCAACGUGGUCCACCAGAUGCUCAUCUUCUUCGCCAUUAAGAACUUCCUGGUGGUCAUUCUGAACAUCUACCGGCUGUCGGUCCUCAUCUGCGACACCAAGGCCUCCUGAUGUGAACAUCUGCCCUGGGGGUGCAGGGGUCACUGAGGGAGGGGCCACUGCACCAUCAGGUCCAGGUUUUCUGGAAAACAGACGUUCAUUCAAUCACACAGACUUUGAAACAAAAAAUAUGAAACACCAACACUAUGUGGACAAAAGUAUGUGGACACGUUGAAUCCAGGUGUUUCUUUUCUAACAGGGGUCCAGGAUACAAAAUAAUAAUGACUAAUGUCAGAACAGAGUUUCAACUCCUGUCAGUGUUCAUAAAACUGAAAUAAAAUCAGUGUACCUCACAUGUCUGAGUCAGGAAGUCCUCUGUUUGGGGAAAGAAUCUCCACAUGCACUGUAAAAACAAAAACCCAUAAAAAAAAAAACAAAAAAACCCCCCCAGUAUUAUUC